AUGAUUCAAGAAAUAAAGUUAUCUUGUAUGCAAGAUUUUUGGGCAAAAAGUUUUUGGAGUAAUGAGGAGAUUGAUUAUUCUUAUUCCAUGUCAAGGGAGGUGUCGGGAGGGAUAAUUACAUUGUGGAAGAAAGGCAAGGUGAAAAAGGUGUGUAGCUUUAAAAGUGAGGGAUAUUUGGGGAUAAAAUUCUUGUGGAAGAAUCAUAUUUAUUAUUUGGUUAAUGCUUAUUCAUCUUGCAACAUUAAUGAAAAGAAAUUGUUAUCGGGUAGGUUAUUGGAGUUAAAGGAGUUGUUUAGGGAUGGGGAGUGGAUUAUUGGAGGUAACUUCAAUGUAAUCAAGAACCAUAGAGAAAGGAAAUGGGGGAGGUUGUAUGAGGACAACACCGAAACAAAUCUUAUUGCCGAAUUUAUUGAGAAAAUUGGUUUGGUGGACAUUCCUUGUAAAGGAAAGAAGUUCUCUUGGUAUAGUGCUGAUGGGAAGUCUAUGAGUAGAAUUGAUCAUUUCCUUUUGUAG